AUGGUCUCCACUACCUUUGCUGCCCUCGUGCCUCUGGCACUCGCCGGCUUCGCUUCGGCAUACAACAACGGCCUCGCACUCACCCCUCAGAUGGGCUGGAACACAUGGAACACCUUCGCCUGCAACAUUAGCGAAGACACCAUCCUCUCCGCCGCUAGGUCCAUUAAGAGCGAGGGUCUCGACAAGCUCGGUUACAACUACGUCAUCAUCGACGACUGCUGGCAGGCCGACCAGCGUGAUCCUGACACCAAGGAGAUUCCUGCCAAUCCAGAAAAGUUCCCCAACGGCCUCAAGCCCAUCGUCGACGAGAUCAAGGCUCUCGGCCUCAAGGCCGGCAUCUACUCGUCUGCAGGCACCAUGACCUGCGGACACCACAUCGGCUCGCUCGGGUAUGAGGACGUCGACGCCAAGAGCUGGUCCAACGCUGGCUUCGAGUACCUCAAGUACGACAACUGCUUCAACCAAGGUCAGCAGGGCACGCCCAAGAUCUCCUUCGACCGAUACAAUGCAAUGUCCCAGGCGCUCAACAAGACCGAGGGCGACCCCAUUCUUUACUCCAUGUGCAACUGGGGCGAGGACUGGCCCUGGCUCUUCGCACAGGAGAUCGCCAACUCGUGGCGCAUCUCGGGUGACAUCUACCCCUCUUUCAACCGCGACGACGACAGGUGCCCAUGCACCGACAUCACGACGUGCAAUCUUCAGGGCUUCCACUGCAGUGUCGCCAAGAUCCUAGAUUUUGCAGCUAGUCUUGGCCAGAAGGCGUACCCGGGCGCAUGGAACGACCUCGACAUGCUCGAAGUGGGCAACCGCGGUCUCAGCCUCGACGAGAGCCUGGUGCACUUUUCCAUGUGGGCCAUGGUCAAGUCUCCGCUCAUCCUCGGCAACGACCUCACCAAGAUGACCAACCAGACCAGGGCGAUCAUCAAGAACAAGCACGUCAUUGACAUCUCGCAGGACCCCAAGGGCUCGCCCGCCACGCGCAUGUGGAAGAAGCACGAGUCGGACGGCAACACGCAGCUGUGGAAGAUCGGUCUUUCCAACAACACCUAUGCCGUUGCAGUCAUCAACGUAUCCGAAUCGCCCAAGAACAUGUCCAUCAGCCUCGACGACGUCUUCUACGACGAGUACCUCGAGGGCGAGGAUCUCGCACAGCAGUCCUGGACCGCCUACGACCUCUGGAAGGGCGUCGACUUCACAAAGAACCCCACAGAACCAGUUGCCUUGGACAAGAUGCUCGUCGGUACGGUCAGUGGAAGCAUCGAGAAUGUCACGGUGCCAAAGCACGGCAUCAAGCUCUGGAAGCUCGUACCCCAACAGGGUCAGGAGUCCGCACAGAAGAGGAGCGCAGAUGGUCUUGAUAAGGUCACGCGCGACUUUGCAGAGAUGAAGCCAAGCCGCAUCAUGGGCUCGCAUGCCUUCUAA